UCCCGGCCCCGCGCCCAUGGCCGCACCCGGACCCCGCGCCUUGCGUGCUGCUCUCUGCGGCGGUUGUUGUUGCCUCCUCCUGUGUGCCCAGCUGGUUAUAGCUGGUAAAGGAGCACGAGGCUUUGGGCGGGGAGCCUUGCUCCGCCUGAACAUCUGGCCCACUGCCCAAGGGGGCUGCAAACACCUGGGACACUGUGAACGCUGUGUCGACAGAGCCCACAACCUCUCCAUCUGCAUGUGGCAACAGUGUGGGCCAGAGGAGCCAGGACACUGCGUGGCCCAAGCCGAGGUGCUCAAGGAGGGUUGCUCUCUCUACAACCGUUCAGAGUCCUGCCCAGCUUCCCACCACCAUCCCACCCAUGAACCGGAGACAAGCACAACAGGGAAUCCCCCAGCCCCUGAAGCCCACAGCCCAGGUUUUGAUGGAGCCAGCUUCAUCGGGGGCAUUGUGCUGGUGCUGAGCCUGCAAGCAUCCGCCUUCUUUGUGAUGCGCUUCCUCAAGGCCAAGGACAGCACUUACCAGACACUAAUCUGACCCCAGUGGUCCUGGCUCCACCUUGAAAGGACAGAGGACUCAGAGGCCACCCCUUGAUUGCCUUAUGGGCACUGGGGGGUGGGACACACUUUGGCCACCAGUUUCUGGUCCCAGUAGGCACAGGGCACCGAGCUGAUGGCUGACAUUCUUUCCUGUCCUGGGCCUGGCACCUGUAACUGAACCAUCCUUGAACCCUCCCGUGGCUCAUGCAGUCAGCUGGGUCCCCAGCCUGAUACUUGAUGUCUGCUGUUUCUUCUUACCAACCCAGUGUGGGGGCCACUCCCAAAUAAAGACCUGUUUCCACCCA